AUGGCGGCGGCGGUGGUGGCGGCUGUCGGCCGGGCGUGCACCUCUGGGGCCUUCCGAGCGGCGUGGAGAGGGUUUGCUUCUGUGCCACUGGGAGGGAGUUGCCCUUCCUAUUCCAGUCUGGCCUGGGCUUUCCAAGCACGGUGUUCCAGCUCUGGCCCCUGGACUGGCACAGUUGAGCAACGCAGAAGCAGCAGCUUCUUCAACACAUUGACAGCUGAUGAGCUAUGGAAAGGAGCUUUGGCAGAGACUGGCGCAGGAGUGAAGAAAGGAAGAGGAAAGAGAAGGAAGAAAAAGCUCAGGAAGAAUCUCAACAGAGGCCAGGAGAUUGGUGAAGGACGUUCUGGUUUCCUCUGGCCUGGUCUUAAUGCCCCUGUGGUGCAGGAUGGGAAAAUGCAGGCAGUUACCCAGAGGAAAAAAGAAGAGCGGGAGAGGAUCCAGUCUGAAAUCCUUCAGCAGAGAGACACCUGGGAGAAGAAAAGGAAAGUCAAAAUCAAGAGAGAGGGAGGCUGGAGUGGGAAGUGUUGGGGAGGUGUCCUUCUGGAUCCUCCUGACCCAGGUCCUAAUGGAGAAACCUAUGAGGAUUUUGAAACCAGAGUCAUUGAGGUGAAAAAUGUGUUCUGCAUGAAGGCAAAGGAGGGCAGGAAAAAAUCCAUCCGUGCCUUGGUGGCUGUUGGGAAUGGGAAAGGGGCUGCAGGGUUUGCCUUGGGCAAAGCAGGUGACAGGAUGAACGCUCUGCGGAAGGCAAAGAACAAAGCCAUACACUGCUUACACUACAUAGAGCUGUACCAGAACCACACCAUUUACCACGACAUCAGGGUGAGGUUUAAGAGCACAAUCAUCCGGAUGAAGAAGCAGAACAGAGGGUAUGGGCUUCACUGCCACCGAGCUAUCAUCACCAUCUGCAAACUGAUUGGCAUUCAGGACAUGUAUGCCAAGGUGACUGGAUCCAAAAACCUGAUCAACAUCACCAGGGCUCUCUUUAAGGGCCUGACACAACAGGAGACUCACCAGCAGCUGGCCAACCAGAAGAGGCUGUUGGUGGUGGAGUUCCGGGAGGAGCAGGGCCCUCUGCCCAUCCUGGUGGCACUGCCUGAGGGCACUCCCAGUCAGGAGCCCCUGCCUGAGGAUGAGGUGCCAGACACCAAGCUGGAGUGGAGCGAUGUGAAGGAAGCUCAGGGCAUGAAGAAGUCUCCCUGGGCCAAGGUCAGACGUUCAGUCUGGUGAGAGCCUCUCUCCCUCUGCUCGGAGAGGCAGCCCCAGCCCACGGGGGGCUGCUUCUGCAGGCUGGCAUCUCACAGCAGGGCAGCAGUUGAGCCUCUCCUGACAGCCACAGUGCUGCUCCCAGUGCUCCCCUUCAGCCUCACUGUUUGCCUUCCCACAGCUCUGCUGGCUGCUGUUUGGCUGGGGAGGUCCAGCUGGAGGCAGCUGGUGUGACCUUGUCCUCAAGCAUGCAUUUACUUGGUUCCUGCAGGUGUUCAUUCCACAGGUCCCAUGGUUUCCUUUACAAGCUCUGGGAAAACUGCUGGAAAGAUUGUGAAAGCAAUAAAGAAUCCUCAGAAUG